UCCACCAACCUUAUGAAUCAUGGGAAAAUACCGCGAAUCGGUGAGAUGACAUACGGGGGCUCCUCUUGGUAGCUCAAGUCAUCCACACCCACCGGAAGCUUAAAUCUUCCUUGUUCUGCUGAAGUGAUACUGAUUCAAGAAAAUAUGACUUUUCCCUAAAAUUAAAGUUUCUCAAUCCAACCACAUUUUUUGUAGAGAUGGCAGGGAUAAGCAGAGUGCUUCUCUGCAAUCCCUCCGAAUCAUCUGCUCUGCUUUGCCCUAGACUGCCAGUUGGGCUAAGUUUAUCUAUCCCUGUGUGCCUACCCAAAUCAGAUCUCCGCCAUUUUUCAACAUCCUUCUGUGCUACGAGGAGCUAUAAGUGGGUCUGUUCAGAGACAAAGAAGAGAGCAGCUGGUCACAUGAUGCGUGCCCUCGGGGCUGAAGCCAGUCAGAUAUUACCCUUCACAGCCAAAACAUCGCCUUCAGAAGAAUUAUUGAAGAUUUGGCGCAGUGCUGAUGCUGUUUGCUUUGAUGUGGAUAGCACUGUCUGCAUAGACGAGGGCAUCGAUGAAUUGGCAGAAUUUUGUGGUGCAGGGGAAGCUGUUGCAGCUUGGACUGCAAGAGCAAUGGGUGGUUCUGUUCCUUUUGAGGAAGCCCUUGCAGCUAGGCUUUCCUUGUUCAAGCCUUCAAAAUCUGAUGUUGCUAAUUUUUUACACAGGAAUCCUCCCAGUCUCAAUCCAGGUAUACAAGACUUGGUGCAGAACCUGAAGGCCAAGGGUGUUGAUGUUUAUCUUGUAUCUGGAGGAUUUCGUCAGAUGAUAGAACCUGUGGCAGAACUCUUAGAGAUACCACCCAAAAGCAUAUAUGCAAAUAGAUUGUUAUUCGGUAGUGCAGGAGAAUUCGUAGGAUUUGAUCCCGAAGAACCGACUUCAAGAAGUGGAGGAAAGGCCACUGCUGUUGCACAAAUAAAGAAGGAACAUGGAUACAAAACAUUAGUGAUGGUGGGAGAUGGAGCCACAGACCUUGAGGCAAGACGACCAGGUGGAGCAGACUUAUUCAUUUGCUACGGAGGAGUACAACUGCGGGACAAUGUUGCCCAAGCUGCUGAUUGGCUUGUUCUGGCCUUUGACAGUCUCAUAAAGGAAUUGAACUCCACGUGUUGAUUCACUUUUCAGUGUGAAAUUUGUUUGGUGUAUUAGAGCUUCCAGCUCAAUUUGUUCUCGUUGGUUUUGUAUGCCAAAGAUUUGAAUUUCCUUUCUGAUUAUAUUCUGUGGUUUGCAUCUCUCAAGGGGUUGGACUGCCCUGGGACACUCGCAAAUGUUGGGUGUAAAAUGCAUAAUAAGUAGAUGCAAAUCUAGCCCCAUUUAUUUCUAAGGAGAAAAAAAAACAAUUCUUGAGAUAUAUAGCAUUCAGGAGAAUAAUAAGGGUGCACGUUUCUUGCAACUAGUAAUUUGUAUUCUAUACAUGAUGUAAUAUGAUUCUGUAGUCUAUUUUCUAUGCUAUCGUACACCUAAUGACAAUGUAUCAAUGUACUCUAACAUGCUUCGGUAUUGCAUAUCUAAUGGCAUUGGUCUUCAGUGAUCUCA